ACUACAUAUUAUGUUAAAAAAAUAUAAUUGUGUACAUAAAUUGUAUUGUAAUCAUGAACUGUUUUGUUAACUUUAUUACUUAAUAUUAAUCAGAUAAGAAAUUUAGAAAUAUGGAAAAUCAACCGAUAACAUCAUCAACUGGUCCAAGUUUAAGUCAGUAUUUUGCUAAUGAUCCACCUAGCUUGUUCGAUGAAAUAUCUCAAAUGCAAAAUAGGACAUCUAUAAUAUCAGAUACAUUCGACGGCUCGUUUCAAGCAACAGAGUAUAUUGAAAACAGUGAGGAAGAAUUAAAAGUUACAGAUGAUGUACGAAAUAGUUGGGAGCCUCCGAAUAAUGAAAAUUCCAGCCUGACCAGCCCCGGAAUACCUUCACAAGAAGAUUUGCCCGAUCACAUACACCUUGCAGCUAAACAGCAUUUAUCUGAAAUUGAUGUUUCUGAGAGAAAAAUAUUAACGGCCGAUGAUGUUACCCAAGAUGAACGUGGUUUAAGGAAAUUGAUAGCCGCAGAUUGCUACAGGUCCGCGAUUAAUUUAACUGGAAGGUUGCUAAAAAUGUAUAGGCAGGGAUAUGGGCGUCCUGGAUCUGAAACGGUUAAACAUACACCACAUUCUUUGCAGUUGUGGUUUACGCGAUUAGCUCUUCUUAUUAAGUUAGGACGUUAUGAUAUACUGCAAGCGGAAGCUGAGCCAUUUGGUUCAUUGAACAGGCCAGAUAUAUUUUUUGAGUAUUAUCCAGAUAUGUAUGAUGGAAAAAAAGGCUCAAUGGCAUGUUUUUCUUUUCGGGUAUUGUUGGCAGAAGUACCUAUUUACACAGGUUCUCCAAAAGUUGCUAUAGACAAUUUAACGGAACUAGCUUCCAUAUGUAAUGAAAUAAAAAAUUAUUAUGGAAAAAAUGACAAACAAAAUAUUAACUACGAAUUUUGGAGGAGACGUGAAAAUAGAGUUUUACAUUCCAUAAUAAAUUGCGCAGUUAUGAUGCGUGAGUUCGGAUUAAUAGAUGAUAUUAUAAAAUCUUUAUUUGAACAAACCGAAAUGGCAAAAGAAGAUAAAAGAGCACUCUUUUCGGCGUGGGGACGAAUUUAUUUACAAAUUGGAGACGUCUUUGGGGCUGAACAAAAAUUUUCUGAAGCCAGACGUUUAAAAGAUAUGAACUCGACUCCAGAUUUACGUGAUUUAGUAGAUAAAGGCUUAAUCGCUGUAGCACAAAACGAUUUCCAAGAAGCCUUUAUGAACUUUCAAAAAGCUCUUCAUUUGGAUAAUCAAAACACUAUGUUAUUAAAUAACAUGGGGGUGUGCCUUUUAUAUUGUGGUAAAUUGAAAGAUGCUAUACAUAUAUUCGAAAGUUCAAUAAAUAUGAGUCCACAACAAUCUUUGAAUGAAAGUCUUCUUAUAAAUUUGUCUACUCUUUAUGAGCUUGAGUCCAGUAAUUCUAAAGCCAAGAAGUUAAAGCUAUUAAAGCUUAUCAAUAAAUUUAAGCCGGAUUUAAAUAUAAGUUUAGAGUUUUGUUUAAAAUUGCAAACAAAUAAUUAAUAUAAUAUUCCUAAGCUCA